GCUUCGAUUCCGCUGCCGAGACCUAGCGUGCGGACCCGGCCCAAAUCCCACCUGAGUCGCCGGAAGGCCUCCGGCGACUCCGAAGUGACGUAGCAGACCCUCGAGCUGUCCCGACAUUCUAUUGGUCGCUGCUGUCCAAUGGGAGGAGGGGUGCGCGACAACAUCGAUCAGGUAGUCCCGUCCCUCCAGCGUUUCCGGCCCCGGUCUCCGCCGUCUCCCUGGUGACAGCUACCGGUCACCGAUUUCGCCUCCAAACCCGGCGAUGCGUCAUUUUUUGUGCGCCGGAAGUGAGAGUUCCUGGCUGCUUCGCGUGGAGAAGGCCCUGCCGGGCUGGAGCCGGGUGAAGCUGGGCAGCUGGAGGCGGCGUGAGACGACAGGGCGGCACCGCUUUGGCGGACCCCAGAAAUAAUGGCGGUGUUUCACGACGAGGUGGAGAUCGAGGACUUCCAGUAUGACGAGGACUCGGAGUCCUAUUUCUACCCCUGCCCGUGUGGGGAUAACUUCUGUAUCACCAAGGAGGAUCUGGAGAAUGGGGAAGACGUGGCAACAUGUCCUAGCUGCUCUCUCAUUAUAAAAGUGAUUUAUGACAAAGAUCAGUUUAUGUGUGGAGAAACAGUCCCAGCCCCUUCCACCAACAAAGAAUUAGUUAAAUGCUGAAGACGGCCUUAGGAAUCCAAAUCUUGAACAACUGAGAAUGAGCCAAGCUGGAAAAAUCAAAUGGAAAGUUACAAGCCUGUUCACGGGGACAACCGUUUUGUUGCUUGCUGUUCCGUUAGGGUAUGGAUUCUUUGCUUGGACAGCCACAUUCAUCCCCAGUUAAAGAAGCUAGCCACAACAUGACAUGCUUGAUUUCCACACUUACAACUUUGAAUUGCAAAUGUUCCUAAUUUUCCACCUGAGUUUUAAAGGGAGAUGGUUUCAGACCAGUGUUUUCUUUCCCUCAGCUUCAUCAGAUCUCAAACCCAAUUAGUUCAGUAUCUGAUAACAGUGUCAUCUACCUCAAAGCCAUUGGUAGUCCUUUACAAAAAAGGGAUUGUACUUUUAGCUUGGUCAUUAAGAUUAUUAAAAUUAGCCCUUCCUUUGAAAUUUGACAUCACCUUUCCUGUUUUAAAUUUAAGAAUAUUAGCUUCCUUGUCAGGACUGCACUUCCAGUUCCUGCACCAAGUUAGCCUCCCCAGCCUUGUCAUUAUUAAAAUGUUCAGGUUCCGUUAAGCAUGGCUUAUAUCUGUUACACUUCAUGUGUAGAGGGCUGGGCGUGCUAUUACAAAGAAAAUAUACUGGUUUCCUGAUUUCCCCAGAGCUCAAAGUUAGUUGAAUAAGAAAGAAAGAUCAAAAAAUGAAGUGAUCAAAGAAUGUUUUGUUUUCUUGUUGAUAUUCAGUAUGUUCCUUUAAAAUCAGGACAAGAUAAAAAGACAAAACAGCCAAAGAAAGAAUGAGGAGCAAAACGUGCCUCCUUAGCAAGUGAAAUGCUUGAGCAAUUCUGCCAGAUCAGGGCAAGUCAUAUUUUAUGGCUGGAUUUUUGUUUCCUUGUUUUUAAAAAAGGCUAAUGAAACCUCACUGCACCUGGGGGUUAAUGUCAAGUCUUUAUGGCUGGCGGCAGUGCUUUCAGCAUUCUCACAGUAUCAGGUUGCUCCUGAAAGGUGAAGGAUCUAUAAUAACUCUUCGAUUUGCUGAAGAUGAGCUUGAAAACAGGAGGCCUUUUUUUAAGUAAAUACGCCCAUGGAGGGUACAGCUAGUGAACCUAUAACCUGCAACCAAACCAGACACACUCUUAGAGAAAUACUGCCCUUGGGGGAAAAACAAAUAAAGAUAAGCCACCAGCCUGCCUUUGCUGCAGUGCUGAGAGUAGCAAAAGUUAGAGUCACAUAAGGAAAUUUGAAAAUUCUCUUUAUAUAUACAACUUUCAUGUAUGCAUAAAAAGUAAAAAAAGAAGCACUGUUUGGCAGGAUGUUUGGGGAACGGCUCCUGCAACUAGAGAGAAAAAUAGCUUGUCAGAAGGUGAACGUUCUGUAACUGAUUGAGAAAUGUGCUGCACACACCAGGGGUUUAAAUUAAAACAAGUGAAUGGCCUUUUUUGGCUGCCAGCAGCAUGGCUGUGUUUAACCGUUAGGCAGUGAGUCACCAGAAGUUGUAUGCUGGGAUGCUUGGGAUGACCAGAAACAUCAUAUGGCAUAUUCCUGAUGUGAUGAGAAACCUCCUUGCUAGGUGAGACGCUGACACCCAGAAGUAAUCCACAACUGCUCUGCAGAAGCUGUCGGAACCAGCAAGUGCUCAAGUGAACAGCAGAAUACUAAGCGUUGACUGACUGGAAUGAGCCAUAAGGAGAAAUGAAAUCAAAUGUUGACGGCUUGGUAGCUAUCAAUAACGUGUUGGUUCCUCCUGCUGAUGUUCAAUUUCAAACAAGAAGAGACGCCGUUAAUGUAGAUGUAUCCUGAGUAUAGAACAGGAAGAAAAGUUGCCCAAAUCCAAACAUCCCAGGAGAAAAGAAGCGUAAACAACACUAGCAGUCAGUGUUCAGUGAUAAGCUGCAACAAUGGGAAUGAUUUUGUUUCCAAAGCAACCGAGUCAUUAAAUCUGUGAACUACAGAAGAACGCAUCAGGAUUCAAUUCUUUGUUAAGCAGAAAGUGAAACCAGGAUCUUUUCAGAUAUGAACUAGAAUUUUGUGUGAUAUUUGUGCCUUAUUUAACCCAACAUGCUUCUGGAGCACCUCAACUGAUUCGUAGUCCAGGUUCUGUCUCUUACUGGCUUUGUGAUCUUUGGCAAGGCUAGUGGAUCCCUGUUCUGUACAAUUAGGAGCCUGGAUUAACUCUAAGUUGUUCUGUAUCAUCAGGCUUGGUAGCUUGCAGGAACUGAAAUGGCAAAUGAAACCUUUAUAAACUCGAACUGUUUAGAUCAUGAUUUACUGUGAAGACACUCCAUUCUUCAAUAACUUGUUGCUGCACUUCAGAGUUUGAAUAUAAAGUCAGCUGGUUCUACAUACACUUUGGUGUACACACCCAGAAGCAUUUCUCUUGGAAAUUGACAUUUUUGAUAACUAUAAAUAUAUUAAUUUAUUACCAAAAUGAAUGUAUUGGCAUGCUAUGUAAAGACAAUUUAAAUCCAGUUGUUUUCCUGUCAUUUUUCUGUACCUAAAUAACAUUUUGAAUUAAAAGGUUAUAGCGUAAAUGUAGUGUAAUGUAAUUGUACACCAGGUAGAAAUCUUAACUGGCUUUGGGGCAUUUUAAGUAGGUUUCUGGUAUGAACAGAGCUUUUAAAUCAAAAAGAGCUUGCCACUGUCUAUAGUUUGGCCACCUGGAUUUGGAUUCUUGGUUUUUAUUAUUAUUUGGAAAAAACAAAAAGCUUUGAAGCAAGUGGCAAUAAAGCAAAGAUACUCGGCA